UCUAAUUUAGCAUAGAGGUAUAUCAAUAAUAUGAAUUUUUACAAGGGUAUGUUAGUAAUUUCCCAGCUUCACAAGGUACCAAUUUUCUCAUGCAUGUUACAUGAGACCAUUAUGAAUAUCCCUCCCGCCCGUUGAGGAAUUUGAAUCCAAACCCCUCCAUUUUAUUAAGAAGAGACACAACAAUAGAUUCAUUGAAGUAGUUGUUAAAGUUGGACGUUGAUCCAGAGUUUUAGAAGAGAAGUAGUCAUGGGUUGCCAUUUCAGCAAGAAGAGAGCUCCACCACCACCAUCACCACUCACUCCCCUUCCACAAGAGAAGAAGAAUGACAAGGUGAAGAAGAAGACAAGCACAACAAUGGAGGACUUGUUAGCCUCACACCCCAUUGAGAAAAAGCAAGUCUUUCUCAUUACUAACAACAAGAAGGUGAAGACUCAAAGUGAAGCCAUUUGUGAGGAGAAUGAGAAGAACAAGGACUGCUGCAAUAAGGAAGAGAUAGAUACCAUUUUGAUCCAGUGUGGCCGUCUCAGUAGAAGCUCAUCUGGUAAGCCUUCUAAUGAGACUAGUAUUCAUUUGAGGAAAAAAAGCUAUGAUUUUGAUGAGGAGAUGGAGAAGCCAGUCUCAAGGCCUUCGCCAUGGAGAAGAACACCAGGCCGAGAACGGUCUAGGAGCAAAGAGGGUGGUAGGAGAUUGAGUCGAUCCCCGGGAAGGCGAUUGGAUAAUAAUGUAACUGCUGUUGUCUCUGGUUGUCAUAUUGAGAACUCUAAGCAACCAAUGAGGAUGGUCUCUGUUCCUCCAAGAGAGAAGGCUAUCACUAAUGUCAAUGUUAUUAGUAACAAACGAUGCCCUUCACCGCGAUCUCAGUCACCGGGGAACACCAGUAGAGCUUCUUUUGACUAUAGAAGGUAUCCGAUGGCUGAAAUCGACGGCAAUGCUCGGAGAGGUGAAGAAUUUCCUACUCCAAGAAACAAAACUUUAAUGAGUAGGACUUGUUCCCAUUCACAGAAAUCAAGUGAAGGCAUUAGUGAAGCUAGAAAAGCUGAGAUGAGGAGCAACAACGUGUUUGCUGACCGUGUGAAGGACCAUUUGAUGAGCUCCAGAGUAAGGGAACAACAGCUGCUAGAGCUGGAGGUCGUGGACGAGACAGCAAAGAGUUUUGUUGAGGCACGGAGAAGUAUGGGUAGACGAUCGUCUUCACGAAGAUCUUCGCGAGAUCUUGACCAGACUUAUGCGGCAUUGCUGCUUGAAGAUAUCCAGAAUUAUCAUCAGCAGAAGGUUGCGCACUCUGUCUCUUCCUUUUCAGAGAAAAACUACAAAGCAGAGGAGGCUAUCAAUGACAAAAAGCCAUUCAUGGUGUCUGAGGUUACUGCCAAGGAUGGUUAUGUGUCUCUGAGGAGCUUUGGUGGAGAACUCAGACAACAGGGAUCACCUAUUGAUGUUGGUCUUCGAGGAAGGAAAGAGUGGAGUUCUGAGAAAAAACACAAGUCCGGUAACAACCAACCUUAUGCUUCACGGAAGAGAGAGUUAAAUAGGCAUCAGCCACGAAAUCCAAGAAGAGUUUCUACCUCUUCUGCUACUGCAGCAAACUCUUGAAUUUCAACAAUUAUCAGGAAUAGAUGUCACAAAAUCUGCUUGUUUUGUUAACAUAGCAAGACAUUUUGCUUUGAUGCAUGUUUGGUGAUUGCAAAGUCUG